CGACCUAUGGAUAUACAAACUUUUGCAUAUAAAUCUCAUCAAAAUAUAUGUUCUUCCCUGGCACUUCAAUGUGUAUUAUAGACUGAGGGAGAUAGAGAAAGGAAAAAUGGAGGCCAAGCAAAGAGAGGAUAGAAUACAAAAGGAUCAUGAUCAGCCUCGCAUCUUAUGUUUUAGCUUUCAUGUACAAGGUCACUUGAACCCAAUUCUUCAAUUCUGCAAGCGCUUGGCCUCUAAAGGCCUCAAGGUCACCCUAGUCACCACCACUUCAUCUACCACAACCACUCCCAAUUUCAUCCAAACACAAGCCACUUCCUCCAUUAACGUCACCAUCAUUUCUGAUGGGAUCGAAGAAGGCAAAAAAAGAUCAGCAGCAACAUCAUAUCCUGAUGAUUAUUAUGAAUGUUACGAUAUUUUUGCUCCACAAAGCCUAUCUGAGUUCAUCCAGAAACAACUUACUUCUGACCAUCCACCGAACUUCCUCGUUUAUGACUCAGUUACCCCAUGGUGUUUCGAUGUAGCUAAAAGAUUUGGUAUAGAUUCUGCUCCAUUUUUCACUCAAUCUUGGGCUGUUAAUUCGAUUUACUAUAAUUUAUGUCAAGGGAGAUUCAAAAUUCCUCUGGAAGAAACUGCAGUAGUGUCGAUUCCUUCGAUGCCACCACUAAAGCUCAAUGAUCUACCAUCAUUCCUUGAUGGAACUGACUCCUACCCUACUCUGUUGAAGUGGGUUUUGAGUCGAUUUUCUAAUAUUGAACAACCCAAGUGGCUCUUUUGUAACACUUUUGAUAAGCUUGAAGACGAGGUAGUGAAAUGGAUGGCAAGCAAAUUCCCAGUCAAGAAUAUUGGGCCAACCAUUCCAUCAAUGUACUUAGACAAGAGACUACAGAAUGACAAAGAUUAUGGCCUCAGCCUCUUCAAACAAAGCACCGACACUUGCAUGACAUGGCUUGACUCCAAGGAGACUGGCUCUGUAGUCUAUGUAUCAUUUGGAAGCUUGGCAUCCUUAGAACAAGAGCAAGCGGAGGAAGUGGCAUGGGGGCUUAAGAGGAGCAACUGCAACUUCUUGUGGGUGGUGAGGGAAACAGAAACCUCAAAGCUUCCUAAAAAUUUCUCUGAUGAAACUUCUGAGAAGGGAUUGAUUGUGAGUUGGUGUCCUCAACUUGAAGUUCUGACUCACAAGUCAGUGGGGUGUUUCAUGACACAUUGCGGAUGGAACUCGACGCUUGAGGCCCUGUGCCUGGGAGUGCCAAUGGUGGCGAUGCCACAAUGGUCGGAUCAACCAACUAAUUCUAAGAUUGUUGAAGAUGUGUGGCAGGUAGGGGUUAGAGUAAGAGUUAAUGAGAAAGGAAUUGUGACAAGAGAGGAGAUUGAGGCGUGUAUCAGGGAAGUCAUGGAAGGAGAGAAAUCGGAGGAUUUGAGAAGGAAUUCUGAGAAGUGGAAGGAAUUGGCCAAAGAGGCGGUGGAUGAAGGGGGAAGCUCGGAUAGGAAUAUUGACGAAUUUGUUGCAAAAAUCAUGUGCAGCAGCUUGUGAUGAUUAUUCUACAUCGUAAUAUAAGUUGUUAAUUGUCUAUUGAAGCAUAUAGAUCAUGUUCAUGAUCUUAAAUGAACUUGUAAUAAUAAAUUCUUUUGCUGGCUUCUCUUCGGUCAGCUUAAGAAUAUACCUGAAAUAAAGGCUUCCACAUAAUUAAUUAUUA